CCCAAAAAUCCCCCAAAAUUCCCAGGAAAUCCCAAAAUUCUGUUUUUCCCCUCCCCCAGCACGAGCUGUACAUCCGCGCCUUCCAGAAACUGAGCGACUUCCCGCCGAUCCAGGUGCGCAGUGACGAGUCCCAGUACUGCGCGCUGCUGCGGCAGCUGCUGGAGGAUCACAAGGACGUGGUGACGCUGCUGGCGGAGGGGCUGAGGGAGUGCAGGAGGCACAUCCAGGACGAGCGGCUGCUGCGGCCGUUCCUGGACAAGACUCUGACCUCGCGCCUGGGCAUGAGGAUGCUGGCGGCGCAUCACCUGGCGCUGCACGAGGACAAGCCGGAUUUCGUCGGCAUCAUCUGCACCCGCCUGAGCCCCAAGAAACUCAUCGAGAAGUGGGUGGAUUUCGCCAGGCGCCUGUGUGAGCACCAGUACGGGAACGCCCCCCGGGUGCGCAUCAACGGCCACGUGGCCGCGCGCUUCCCCUUCAUCCCGCUGCCCCUCGACUACGUCCUGCCCGAGCUGCUCAAGAACGCCAUGAGGGCCACCAUGGAGUCUCACCUGGACACGCCCUACAACGUGCCGGACAUCGUGGUGACCAUCGCCAACAACGACAUCGACCUGGUCAUCCGGAUCUCGGACCGGGGCGGGGGCAUCCCGCACGAGCUGCUGGACAAGGUGACCGAGUAUCACUUCAGCACGGCCGAGGCGUCGGCGCAGGACCCGCGCCUGGGGGGGCCCUUCCGCAGCCUGAUGGACAGCAGCGCCCAGGCCGGGCCCAUGCACGGGUCAGGGACACCCCAAAAAACUCGGGGACACCCCAAAAAAAAAUCUGGGACACCCCAAAAAAAUUUUGGGGAGACCGCACAAAAAAUUUGGGAUAUCGCCGGGGUUGGGCUUGAGGGGUUUUAA